AAAAUCCCCCUUUUAACGUACACACUCUUGCCCGUUUGAAUUUCCAAUACGCUCUCACUCUCUCCUCUUUCUCUCUCUAAAAUACUCUCGAUCUCCACCGACUUGUCCGCAAUUUCACCGAUCUGUUCACUUUUACGUGCGUUAUCGAAGAUUUCUAGCGUUCAUGGCAGAAAAGACUCAGGAAUUGGAAACCCUAACUAUGAACAUGAAGCUUUUGAAACUAGAUCCGGAUCAAACCCUAGAAAAAUCCCCUGAUUCUGAUGCAGAACAUGUUGAAGUGCAGUCUGAAUAUGAGCAGCAAACCCUAGAAGAAUCCUCUAAUUCUGAUGCAGAACACGAUGAAUGCAACAGUGAAGUGCAGUCUGAACAUGAGCAGCAAAAGCUUCCGAUAUUUGAGAAAUUCGAACGGUUGAGCAACAAAGUGAUGAAUUUGAGAAAAGAUCAUAUGGCACUCUGUGAUGAAGUUAAAAGUAUAACUUCUGAUUCUUUUCCUGGAUCUGAAGUUUUGACUGCUCUUCAGAGUCUUGGUGACGAACAUGAGGCGUUGAAGAAAAAGUAUCAAGAAGAAUGUGAAAGGUUGAAGAACAGAUGUCAAUUAGAGUGCUCGGAGAGAAAACGGUUAUAUAAUGAAGUCAUUGAACUUAAAGGAAACAUUAGGGUGUUCUGCAGAUGUAGACCACUAAACCAUGAUGAGAUCGCAAAAGGGUCAACUUCUGUUGUUGAAUUUGAUUCAGCUCAGGAAAGUGAACUAAAGAUAAUCGGAUCCGAUUCGUCCAAAAAGCAAUUUAAGUUUGAUCAUAUAUUUAGACCUGAGGACAACCAAGAAGCUGUUUUUGCACAAACUUCCCCUCUAGUGGUGUCAGUACUUGAUGGAUUCAAUGUAUGUAUCUUUGCGUAUGGGCAAACUGGAACUGGGAAAACGUUUACGAUGGAAGGAACUGCUGAAAACAGGGGUGUUAACUACCGUACUUUGGAGGAGUUAUUCAGGGUAUCGAAUGAAAGGAGUGAUAUUAUGAGAUACCAACUAUGUGUAAGCAUGUUAGAGGUUUACAAUGAGAAGAUAAAAGACCUCUUGGCUGAAGAUGCUGAUCAACCUGCUAAAAAGUUGGAGGUAAAACAAUCAGCUGAAGGAACCCAAGAAGUACCUGGGCUAUCUGAGGUGCCCGUUUACAAGACGGAUGAAGUUUGGGAACUGCUGAAGAGGGGGAGUCGUGCGCGUUCUGUUGGAUCAACCAAUGCUAAUGAGCUUAGUAGCCGUUCUCACUGCUUGUUGCGUAUUACUGUUCGUGGGGACAAUACGGUGAAUGGACAGAGGACUAGAAGCCAUCUUUGGCUAGUAGAUCUGGCGGGAAGUGAACGAGUGGGAAAGAUUGAGGUUGAAGGUGAACGGUUGAAGGAAUCCCAGUUCAUAAACAAGUCACUUUCUGCAUUAGGAGAUGUAAUUUCGGCUCUUGCAUCGAAAACAGCUCACAUUCCUUACAGGAAUUCAAAGCUUACCCAUAUUCUGCAGAGCUCUUUAGGAGGUGAUUGUAAGACACUCAUGUUUGUUCAAAUUAGCCCAAGUUCAUCAGAUCUCGGAGAAACCAUUUGCUCCCUGAACUUUGCAAGUCGUGUGAGAGGUGUUGAGCAUGGGCCUGCGCGCAAACAAACAGAUAACACUGAGCUCUUCAAGUAUAAGCAGCUGGCAGAGAAAGCAAAGCAUGACGAGAAAGAAGCAAAAAAAUUACAGGAUAGUUUACAAUCUGUGCAACUACGUCUCUCUGCUAGAGAACACAUAUGUAGAACUCUGCAAGAAAAGGUUCGGGAUCUUGAAAACCAAUUAGCCGAAGAGCGGAAAACUAGACAGAAACAAGAGAAUAGAGCUCUUGCUGCGGCUUCUUCACACUCUUCACUAUCUUCAUUAACACAAGGUCUGAGUACUAUAUCAGAAAAGAGGCCUCCAUUAGGCCCAUCGUCAAAGAUGAGACUUCCUCUGAGAAAAAUCAGUAACUUCAUGCCAGCUCAUCCAUCCCCCGCCGCUUCACAAAAACCAAAACCCUUUACUCAUAAUCUGACAAACGAGGACAAAGAGAAUCUGUCAAGGCCAUCAUCAAACAUGAAACCACUCUCAAGAGCCAGGCGUGGGUCCAUUGCUAUGAAACCUGCUGCACCUACUUUGACUAGUCAAAUCCUGAAGCCAAAAAGACGGGCUUCUGUCGCCACCUUUCCGUCUGAACCAAACUCAAGCUCGAGCAUGAUGACCACCCCGAUCAUGAGACAUAAUGCUGCACCCCGGAUGAGGAACGACCGGGUGGUGGGAAGGCAAUCGUUUGUGUGGGACCCACAAAGGGUGUGGCGGACCUCAAGGGUGCAGUCACCUCUGGAACCCACAAGGGGGUCAACGUCGACGGGUGUUGAGGCAACACCUGUUGCUGCACCUAGAAGCAGCAAGUUUAUGGGUAGCCCGCCUUCUCAUGUUGUUGGUUCAUGGAAGCCGAAGCAUCCAACAGUGGUGGCGUUACAAAGAAAACAGUUGGUUUGGAGUCCUUUGAAAUACAAAGGUACAAAGGGAGUUAGGAAAUCGUUUGUUUGAUUAAAUCCCCAAUCUUACUUUGUGAGUGAAGAAACAAAUACAUAACUUCGGCGUUGUUUGUUUUCUUAUUACAAUGUUGGCUAAAUAUUGACUUCAGGGAUUGAAAUUGAAUUCAAUGCUAGUUGGAGGUCAUUUCGGUCA